AUGCUUAUUCGCUAUAUUCCAGUAGACCAUAACUCCUUGCGGCUAGACGAGUUGCAACUCAAAACUCUACAGCAGACUCUGAAAGAUUACAACAGCGUGGCAAGUCUUAUGGCCGAUCAGUUGAAAAAGCUUGGUCAACUGUACAACAUUGACCCCAAGUUCCCUAAAAAGGCACGGAUUGUGUUACUCUGCUAUGUACUUGGCCUUUCAACAACCGGUCACAUUCAGACAGUGGCAACCAUAGACUCCUCGGCCCGCCUAUUAGGUUCGAUGAACACAAAUGUCGAUCCAUGUGACAAUUUCUACGAGUUCUCGUGCGGGCGAUGGGUGGAAGACCACAGGGUUCCGGAGUACAAGGGCUCCAUAGACACUAUGGAGCAGGUCUCGGACAGGCUGGAAAGGGAUCUGCAAGACCUCCUGGAAGUUCCUGCAGACAAUGACAUCGAACCCAUCAGAAAGGCAAAGCUCUUUUAUCGGUCGUGCAUGGAUGAGGAAACAGUUUCAAGCCGCGGAAUCGCGGACGCCUUGACAUUCAUCGAGGACCUCGGAGGCUGGCCCGUUCUGAAUGCCUCUUGGAACGAGUCGACCUUUGACCUGGAGGCACGUGUUGCGCAGGCGCGGCAGUACACGACAAAUUUCGUUUGGCCAAUCCCGCAUGGCAUAUUGAUUGCUCUGAAUAUACUCAACGAUUACAAAAUAUACGGAAUGCACACUAUAUACUUUGACCAACCCUCCCUGCUGAUGGAGGGAAAGGACAUGUACGAGGACCCUUCUCUGAUCAACGCCUAUAUCAAAUACACUACCAGUGUGGCCGUGGCGUUGGGGGCUGAUCCGCAUAUUUCAGUUGCGUACGCAGACAGACACGAUAUGGAAGGGAGCUACAGACGCAUGAAUGUGUCCCACAUUCAGACGCUCUAUCCGCAGUUUACCGAGGGUGUGAAGCAGUUGAAGUCACGUGGUCUGAGGUGCGCAGAGACAACCAACGAGUUCCUAGACAGCGCAACCGGAAGGAUGUACGCUGAGAAAUCAUUCGGACCUCGGCAGCGAAAUCAUAUGCUAGAACUCAUCAGUUAUCUGCGGAGGAUUUUCAAGGAAAUCGUUCUGAAAAACGACUGGAUGGACGAGUCGACAAAGGCGGAGGCUCUUAAAAAGCUUGAAGCCAUGAAGUCUCUGACAGGAUUUCCGGUUGUUAUUUUCAACGACUCUGUUCUAGAACAAUACUAUGAAAAGGUUGAACUUACUCGAGACAAUUUCUUCGAAAACCUGAGGAUAAUGCGGCGUCAUGCGGGCCUCACGCAACUGGCGGAACUUAGGGAGCCGAGCUAUGAAAAGUGGCCGGAAAGACCUGCAAUAGUGAACGCAUAUUACCACAGUGGACUGAACGCUAUAGUGUUUCCCGCCGGUAUAUUACAAAGUCCUUAUUACGAUUUUAAUUACCCAGCGUCUAUAAACUUCGGAGGAAUAGGACUGGUUAUUGGCCACGAGAUAACACACGGCUACGAUACCUCUGGUCGAGCAUUCGACGCCCGAGGACUCCUUGACAACUGGUGGAGUAACUAUUCCAGUGACAACUACUUGAAGCGCUCUCAAUGCGUCAUCAAUCACUACAGCGAGUUUCAGGUCCCCAACAUCAACAUGAAUAUAAAUGGCAAUAUGACUUUAAGUGAAAAUAUCGCUGAUAUAGGAGGAAUAAAGCAGAGUUUUAUGGCGUACAAGCUAUGGCUUAAUGAACACGGGAACCAAGAUGUGAGACUUCCGGGCUUGACAAAGUUUACACAUGAGCAGCUUUUCUUUGUUAACACCGCGCAACUGUGGUGUUCCAAGUUCACAGACGAGGCGGCUAGAAGGAGCGUCCUGACCAGUGUUCACAGCCUUCCUAUAUUCAGGGUGCUGGGCGAGCUUCGUAACUCGCACGAGUUCUCUGAGACGUUCCAGUGUCCAGUUGGGAGCUAUAUGAACCCUGACAGGGAGAAGUGCUCGCUCUGGUGAUCUCGACCUUGACUUUCGACCUUUGACCUCUAGCUUACAUCGUUUUGAAAUGCGACAUAUGUUUGUGUUCAGCAUGCAUUUGUGUUUGUGAGUUUGUGGGUGCGAAAUCUGGACGAUGGAUUGGGUCAUGAUCGACGACAUUGGAAUAAUGAACAGAAUAAAAGACUAUCUCGAAUGGUAUUGAAUACAAUACUCACAAGUGUUUGCGUUAAUAAGUACUUUAAUGUCGAAAUUUGUGUAUGGCACAUUGUGCGAUUAAUCAUAAAAACUUUAUGUUCGUCUGUC